UUAUUAAUCAUCCAAUAAUUAAUAAACCAAAUAAAUUAAAUCUUUAAUAAUUUACACUCUUUAAUUUAGACAUCAGACAUUACAAUUUAUUGUUAUGCUGUAUUAAAUAUUAAUACUAUAGGAGAUACAUUGUGUUUAAUUAAAAAUAUAUGUCAAUAUAAUAUAAAUAAAUAAAUAUAUAUGCAAUGUCUGUCACCAAGUCUUAUACAAACCGGUUAAAAAGUGAUGUGAAAUGUAUGCUGGAAAAUUUUGAAGGUAUUGUAAAACUGUGCAAGACUGAUGAUGAUCAAACACAAAUUUCUAAAGCUACCCGAAGCGAAUUAAUAGCAUUUGAAAUGGAAGUCAGAGCAGCCAACAUUGUUCGUGCUGGGGAGUCGCUUUUGAAACUAGUUUCAGAUAUGAAGCAAUAUCUUAUAUUAAAUGAUUUCCCAUCAGUCAAUGAAGCUAUUGCUCAAAAUUCAAAACUUUUUCGCACCAAACAAGUGGAAUGCGAUCGCAAACUAACAAGUCUAGUUGAUGAUAUGUCAACAGAAUUGUAUGAACUCGAAGAAGAAUAUUAUACAUCAAAUUAUAAAUAAAGAAUUGCAAUAAUGAAAUUAAUGAACAGAAUUCUACAGUCUACAUUUUUUAUAUAAAUCAAAUCAAGAUAAGAAGUGCUGAACAUUGGAUUUAAACAGACAAACACAAAUAAUUACUCGAAUAUACAGAGUUAAUAAAAAACAUAAAUCAAAUGCCAAAUUAAUUGUAAUGUAGUUCAGGAUACAACAGUUUAAAAUUUUUAAAUGCAGAUUCUUGUAAAAUUGUCAUGAGUAUAUAAUUGAUAUAAUUAUAUUAUUAUUAUUAUAUUA